UUUCCUGUCUUUGCAUCAAGGAAAUAGGUUAAGUUUCAGAGAAACCCGCUAAGAGCACACUAGGCCUUCCGGCCCAGGUCUCUGCCAGCUUGGGCCUUUCUGCUGCCACUGGGGUAUCCAGAACCAGAUGCCUAUCAGCAUCGGGGAUCAGAUACCUCGUAGGUGGCCUGUUUUGUCUUGAUACCCAUCUGCACAUCCCCAGACUGUUGUCCUAAGAAGGGAAGGACCAUCUCUGUCUUACUCACCCAGAUCUCCUGAAACACAGGUCUGCCGAGGCGCAGGGGUGAGCAACCUGCGCGGGGCGGCGGCGGUGAUGCCGGACCCCGCGGCGCACCUGCCCUUCUUCUACGGCAACAUCUCGCGCGCGGAGGCAGAGGAGCACCUGAAGCUGGCGGGCAUGGCAGAUGGGCUCUUCCUGCUGCGCCAGUGCCUGCGCUCGCUGGGCGGCUACGUGCUCUCGCUCGUGCACGAUGUGCGCUUCCACCACUUCCCCAUCGAGCGCCAGCUCAAUGGCACCUACGCCAUCGCGGGCGGUAAGGCGCACUGCGGCCCUGCAGAGCUCUGCGAGUUCUACUCGCGCGACCCCGACGGGCUGCCCUGCAACCUGCGCAAGCCGUGCAACCGGCCGUCUGGGUUCGAGCCGCAGCCCGGGGUCUUCGACAGUCUGCGCGACGCCAUGGUGCGCGACUACGUGCGCCAGACGUGGAAACUGGAGGGCGAGGCCCUGGAGCAGGCCAUCAUCAGCCAGGCCCCCCAGGUGGAGAAGCUCAUUGCCACGACGGCUCACGAACGGAUGCCCUGGUACCACAGCAGCCUGACGCGCGAGGAGGCCGAGCGCAAACUGUAUUCAGGCUCACAGACCGACGGCAAGUUCCUGCUGAGGCCCCGGAAGGAGCACGGCACAUACGCAUUGUCCCUGAUCUACGGGAAAACCGUGUACCACUACCUCAUCAGCCAGGACAAGGCGGGCAAAUACUGCAUUCCUGAGGGGACCAAGUUUGACACGCUCUGGCAGCUGGUAGAGUACCUGAAGCUAAAGGCUGAUGGGCUCAUCUACUGCCUGAAGGAGCCCUGUCCCAACACCAGUGCCAGCACCAGCUCAGCGGCUGCUGCUCCCACACUCCCAGCCCACCCAUCCACCUUCACCCAACCUCAGAGACGGAUCGACACCCUCAACUCAGAUGGAUACACCCCUGAACCAGCACGCCUAGCAUCCCCAGAGAAACCGCGGCCAAUGCCCAUGGACACAAGCGUGUAUGAGAGCCCCUACAGUGACCCUGAGGAGCUCAAGGACAGGAAGCUCUUCCUGAAGCGUGAGAACCUCCUCAUGGCUGACAUAGAACUUGGCUGCGGGAACUUCGGCUCAGUGCGCCAGGGUGUCUACCGUAUGCGCAAGAAGCAGAUCGAUGUGGCCAUCAAGGUGCUGAAACACAGCACGGAGAAGGCAGACAAGGAUGAAAUGAUGCGUGAGGCACAGAUCAUGCACCAGCUGGACAACCCCUACAUCGUGCGGCUCAUCGGUGUCUGCCAGGCCGAGGCCCUCAUGCUCGUCAUGGAGAUGGCGGGCGGUGGGCCCCUGCACAAGUUCCUGCUUGGCAAGAAGGAGGAGAUCCCCGUCAGCAAUGUGGCAGAGCUGCUGCACCAGGUGUCCAUGGGGAUGAAGUACCUGGAGGAGAAGAACUUCGUGCACCGCGACCUGGCGGCACGCAACGUGCUGCUGGUCAACCGGCACUACGCCAAGAUCAGUGACUUUGGCCUCUCCAAGGCCCUGGGAGCCGACGACAGCUACUACACCGCCCGCUCGGCUGGGAAGUGGCCGCUUAAGUGGUAUGCACCUGAGUGCAUCAACUUCCGCAAGUUCUCCAGCCGCAGUGAUGUCUGGAGCUAUGGGGUCACCAUGUGGGAAGCCUUCUCCUAUGGCCAGAAGCCCUACAAGAAGAUGAAGGGCCCCGAGGUCAUAAGCUUCAUCGAGCAGGGCAAGCGGAUGGAGUGCCCGACAGAGUGUCCGGCUGAAAUGUAUACCCUCAUGAGCGACUGCUGGACCUACAAGUGGGAGGAUCGCCCAGACUUCCUGGCGGUGGAGCAGCGCAUGCGGGCCUACCACUACAGCUUGGCGGGCAAGGCCGAGGGCGCCUCAGCGGGCGGAAAGGGGGCCGACGCUGCCUGUGCCUGAGUGCCAGUCUGCCCAGGGCUUGCAGGCCCCCACGUGCCCUUGGCCCCAGCCCUAGUCUGCCGGGUCUCACAUCCUCUCCCGUACUGGUGGGGCUGCCAUCCGGUGGGCAGCGAGGCCUCAGGUUCCUGCUGGUCUACGUUCCCUGCCUGGUCACCUGUCCUCCAUCUGGGAGAGGAGGGAAGGCCCCCGGAGGGUGGGAGCAUAGUCCGGGCUGGUG